AUGAUCAGUGCAUUUUUCAUAUACUCCCUACGAGGGGAACUCAUAGUAUCAAAAUAUGUCAAGCUUUCGGUGCAAAAGUCUAUGGCGGAAGUCUUUAGAAUUCAGGUAAUCAACAAUUUAGAUGUGCGAUCUCCUGUGUUGACUCUCGGAUCCACGACAUUUCACCAUAUCAAAACAACCGGAAAUUUGUGGCUAGUAUCUGUAAGCCGAUCCAAUGCCGAUAGUGCUGCUAUUUGGGAAUUUUUAUACAAAUUUAGUGUGCUGUUAAAGACCUACGGGCUAGACUCGGAAACGGAGCUGAAAGACAAGUUCAUGACAUGCUAUGAGCUAUUAGAUAUUGUACUCGAGGAAGGCGUGCCAAUGGAUACGGAAUUGACCAAUGUGGCAGCCAAAAUGUCGAUUAAGCCACUAAUGGUACCUGAUACAUUCCAUAAUAGCUCAGAUAAUACGGGGAGUGGAAGUGAUCGCAUCAUACCACGUUCAGGGCUACUGAAAAGAAGAUCCAGUAGCUUCAUAUCUCGAAGCUCCACAAAUGAGCAACAGUCCAAUAUUCCUUGGAGGAGAGGUGGGAUCAAGUACAAAAAAGAUGAGGUUUUCUUGAACGUCAUGGAGCGCAUUUCCAUCUUGGUGUCCAAGGACGGUUCGAUACUGAAGUCAUACGUAGAUGGGACUGUGGAUGUGACAACACACCUCAGUGGAAUGCCGGUCUGCCAGUUUGGGCUGAACGAUGCUUUGUCGGUGACCUCGCCAUUCCAGGACUAUCCUGUAGGAACUGCUAAUAAAAAUGCGAUCCCCAAAGCAGCAGCUGGCAGUGUUAUGCUCGAAGAUUGCAAAUUUCAUCAAUGUGUUCAGUUGGACAAAUUCCAAAACGAUCGUACCAUCAAUUUUGUGCCCCCAGAUGGAAAUUUUGAACUUAUGAAAUAUAUUGUACGGGAAAAUCUGAAUCUGCCUUUUAAAGUGUCGCCAAUAGUCACCGUCUCCCGGUCCAGUUCCAUUGAAUACCGCAUAACCCUAAAAUCUCUUUUUCCAAGCAAAAUCUCGGCAAAAGAUGUUCAAUUAAGGAUUCCUGUUCCUCCAGAGACUGUAAAAUGCCAGUUUUCAACUUCGAAUGGUAAAUGCAAGUUCGUACCUGAAGAAAGCGCUAUCAUUUGGAAGUUCAGCAAAUAUCAAGGGCUAACUGAGAACAGCCUCUCAGCGACGGCAUUCCCCGUACGGGAUGUCCAGUCAAGUAUCGACCAGUGGUCCAAGCCACCAAUGUCUUUGAAUUUCGAUAUAAUGAUGUUCAGUAACUCCGGACUGGUUGUUAGGUUCCUUGAUAUCCUCGAAAAGGAGAAGAAUUACAAUAUGGUUAAGUGGAUUAAGUACAUAUCCAAGUCAGGAGCAUACGAGGUAAGAUAUUAG